CCGCAAAUUAAAGCUAACUUGAUAACAGAAAGGCAUUGUACAUGGUAAUUAUCCGAAGCAAUAAAAAUGGAUAAGAUUUGAUUGGCCACAACGCAAAACGAUACAUUGGUUCUUCCUUUGUUGGCAUUUUAAACCUUCAGAACGGAUCAUCUUGUGAUAAUGUUAGCUACAACUGCAAACAGAUUUCUAGUUCAUAGUCUUUCUACAGUCUACAGUCUACCACGUGGCAGUAGGUCAUCUAUGGCAGAAAAUUAUAAGCACUCGAUCGAAUUCUUGCAUCCUGAUGGUCUCAUUUUCAAUUUAGAGUUACAACCUCCUAUCAAAUCCAUGGACUCAUACACAAAUGUUGUGCUAAACUGAAAGAGGGUACAAUCUCAAGGAAAUGUUACAGUUUGCAUAUCCAAAAGCAAAUCUACCACAUUGCAAAGGUUGAAGACCAUAAGAAGAGAAAGAUUGGGAGCUGGUGAGUUGUGAGUUGUGACUGUGAGAGAGAGAUGAUGACAAAGACUCGCAACAUUUUAUCAUGGAUGCUCUGAGAAUCACACAUAGGCUUACCACAUCCAGAUCUUUUUCCUUGUAGUUGAUGACUCGAUAUUUGCACAUGUUUUCCCCUUUGUUUCUUGAUCGUUUAAGCUUGCAUUAUCGCUUCUUUGGCCUAUUUUACGCUAGGUUGUGUUCCUUUGUCACAUUUCAGGCCCUAGCAAAUAAAGUGAAGCAUAGGCGCAAGUUUCAAGUCAAUCAUAUCGGAGAUCAAUUGGCGAUUAGGGAGAAGAAACACGAGCAUGACCUGAAGAAGAAUGGAUUUCUACCUCACUUUAUGGACAAAGAAUCAUGAAAGUUUGUUAUGAAAAGAAAGAGGACGAGACUACAAGCGUCUGGGUUCAAACGGCGACUGAUUCGGAGUCCAGACGAGGGAGAAACGAAGCUUUGAACAGGGGUGGAGGAAGAAUUACGGGCAGGAGAAUUACGACCGUAAUUUCCCCUCCCAUGCCCGUAAUUUCACUGCCGAGAGGAGCUUUGGGUGCACUGAAACUUAACCAAAACGCGUGUUUUGGGCAAAAUACGGGCAUGGAAGAAUUACGACCGUAAUUCAGCCCGUAAUUCGCCCAGAAUCGGGUUUUUGAGGCAGAUUAGAGCCAAAGGAAAGGGAGAGCUGGGUUUUUGGAUCCCAAACACCCAAGGGACGAACCCUAGAGAGAGAGAGCGACUUGGGAACAUUCUUGGAGCUAUUUUGGAGGAUUUCUUCGCCAUUGGAGCUCGGGAAUCAAGCUUGGAGAUGGAGAUUGAAGAUCUAGAUCAGAUUUCUGCAGUCUCUCUCUUCUCUAUGGAGUAACUUCCCUUCACUUAGGUUUUGAGGAACCUUAGUUCCAUGAGUUAGGAUCUUUCUUGUAUGAAGUUUUGGAUGCUAUAUUGUUUGAUUAUAAUCGAAUGAUGCAUGUUUAUUGAGUCAAUUGAAGUCUGAUCAACUUUUCCUGAUUCCUGCUGCAAUCUGAGAUAGAUAGAAUCUGAUUAGGUUGCUAGAGUCUCAUCAUUCGGUAGUAGGAGAUUGGCUAUACGAGAGUUAGCUAGUUUACUGCUUUGUACUGGAAUCCAAUUCCAGUAGUGGAGUUCUGUUCUUACUGCUUCAGCUUUCUAUCCCGGUGAAGACUAGUCGUCUGCCGGAUAGUUAGACUGAGAGGGCUUGGUCAGCUUAAGAGAUUCCAAGCUACUGUCGGAUCUUCCGCAGUCUAAUCAACAGUAAAUCAACCAAAAGGAAUUACAACUUGGACCUAAUUGAGGAGCUAGGGGGAAUCAUACCUAAGUGAGUUCCCAAACUGUAAUUAGUAGUUUUACUUAGUUUAGUUAGUAGAGUAGUUUAGUUAAUCAAUCCUUAAUCUAGUUUGCUAGAUAAUGAACUGAAGCUGGGUAAUAGUAACUCUAGAGACCCGUGGAUUCGAUAUUUAUUACUUGUGCCACUAUACUGCAGUCCCUUUCAUUGGUUACACUUGGCCAUUGUUAGGUGUUGUGUUUUAGAGCAUCAAGUUUUUGGCGCCGUUGCCGGGGACUUUCUAGAUUAUUAGGAAAGGCAGAAGUUUGUUACUUUAGCGUUUUUCUUUUCUUUUCCACCCUUGCUUUUCACUUGGGUGUUUUUUGUUUUUGUUGGUGCAGAUCUGAAUCAUGGAUCCGCAUGGCUUCUCCAACCAGUGGGGGUAUCCACCACCAUCCGAGUGGUAUUACCCGGAGACUCCCUGGAGCAAUCAAGGAGGAGAAGACUAUGGAUUCGGGUUCCAGUACCAACCCCCUUUCUACGGAGAACAACCAGACCCCUGGGCAUAUCAAGAACAACCUCAUUACCAAGAAGACUUUCUCCCACAACCAGAAGGGCCGUCGGAGCUGGAGUUACCCAUGGCAGCCUUCACGGGCCACUCUGCAGAGCCAUGCUACACUUCACUGGAAGAUCCGAACAAACAAUUAAGGCUUCUCGUGGAGCAGUUUGCUCGAGACACUGAGAGAUCAUGCUCCAAGAUGGAUCUUCAAAUCAAAGCCCUUGCUGCUUCCGAUCCCUCAUUUCUCCAUGAUAUGGAGGAGACUGUUCAGCGCUCAGCGAAGCAAACAGAGUGGGUGGAGCAAGUUUGCUCACAUCUUGCUCAAGAUCACCUUUCUGCUACCACGCUAGAAGAGGUGGAGGAUGACAAAGGCUAUGGGGAUGUUGCAGCGAACAUGCAUUUUCUCGAAUCCACUUUCUAGAUCCCUUCUAUUUUAAUUGGCUCUCUUCUCUUUGAAAGAUCCAUUGCAAUCAACCACCAGGCUCUAAAAUAAAUAAAAAAUAACCAUGCCAUUUUAGAAAUUUUUCAUAAAAAAGAGAAGAUGGGUCAUGAAGCCUGAUGUUAGGAAGAAGAUAAGUCACUACAAUAUAAAUAUUACCCUGAUUUGUGAGCCAGCCCAUGAUCACCCAGCCUCUUUGCGCUGAAGGCUAGAUCUGAAUGCUCCUUCACCUUGAUAGUCCUUAUCUACACAACAGCCACAAACCCAUGAUCAAAAUAAAGCUGAAUUAAAAAUAGGAAUUUAGCUGAUUUGGGUUGUCCGUCGAUCACUGAACAAUUUGAAACUCUUUUAACCCAUCGCUGGCCUCGCCGAUAUGAGGAAAAAAGGAAGAUAAACGUGAGAUACUUGCAAACAAAGCCAAGAAGAAUGAAUUGAGACAACUUGCCUUUGGGUUCCUCAGACAAAUGGAUUCCCCAAAGCCGCCACGGAUAUACAGUUUAAGAUUUUCUUCUUCACCAGAUGAGGCAGCCGAGCGACCUAUGUUACUAUGGCUUCACCUACACAGAAACGGAUUCGCGAAAAUCAUAGUCCACGGCAGGCGAUCGACGGCUCUGAGAUCACUCCUCGAAGCGGUAGAGUAGAGAGUAGAGAGAGGGGACUGAGAAAGAGAGAGAGCAAGGUGUGCCUGAGUUGUUUUUCUGCUUCGCCGGCCUUAUUUUAGUUCACAGAGAGAGAAAAGUAGACAUCGAGAGUUGUGCCGGGUAGGUUAAAUGAGUAGAUCAAACUGAAAGACGAACGUGGCGCAAAGAUUCACCAAGUAACACCUGCAAAAUAUCUGUAGCCCACCCACCAGCUACCGCAGCCUCUCUCUAAUUCAAGGUUGUCAAACCGGUUUAUGCCGGUGUGCCUGUUUUGUAAGUGGAAUGGUCUGACCAUGGUACAACCAGUAUUCAUGCCGGUUGUGCCGGUUUUAAUAAAAUAAAUGAGGAAAAUGGAAAUCCUCAAUUUCAAAUAAAUUAGUCAUAAAAAAGCAAUUAGAAGAAUUAUUUCACACAAAAUAAUUUAUAGCUAAGAAUUGGUAACUAAGACUAAACAAUUAGAUGCUUAAAAAUAAAAUUUAUUAAAUGAAAUUUAUUAAUGUUUAUAAUGAUUUGUGUAAAAUUUAGUAUUAGAUAUAUAACAUAUAAGGUUAAUAUAGACAACAAAAUUUCUUGUAGCCUACUGGUGUAUAAGUUAAACUAAAAUGAACAUGAGAUACUUGGUUCAAAUCCUAUGAAUGAUGUUUAUUUUUGGAUAUAAUAUGUGUAACAUUAAAUUCCAGUUUCUGGUCUAACCGGCCGGAAUUUCCGGAUUUGACCGGAUCUGACCGGCAUUGACCGGAUUUGACCACAGUUAAAUACCGGCUCCUUUCCAGCGGGUUUGCUGACCGGUACCGGUUGAACCGGCCGGCAUGAAACCGGUUUGACAACCAUGCUCUAACUAGAGUACUGGACACAAUUCUCGAUAAAAGCAGCAAAAGGUAGUGGCCUUCCCAGUUGCGAGAAGGGAAAAAUAGUUUGAUGGGCGAUCAAUGCGGGUGAGCGUAAAUAGAGGGCCCACAAGUGACCCAUUAGUGGGUUUUCUUUUUUCAAUGUGCACACGAAAUUUGAACAGAAUAUUGACAAGAAGUUGCAUGAGAAAAACAUUAUAAUUCAUAAAAUGCAUUGAUUUCGACAAUUCCAAUUAGACUCAGUUGGUUUGCUUUUCUUACAUCACUUUACUUUUUUCUUUUAAAGACUGAUUAUAUUACUGCACUGUCCUCGUGAGACUUAUUUUGCGGAAUCUGGCAUUAAUUAAUGAUCCAACCUUUCAUUUUCGUUAAGAUUUCCCUAAUCGCGGCCAUAUCUCGUGCUUACCGUACCGCCCCCACCUUAAUCAAUAAUUCUACACUUU